AUGGCGGACAAGCCGGCGCCCAGCAGCAACCCGAUCGCCUCGAAGGCGCUCGUCAUUUCGCAAUUUCAACGACGCCUCCGCGAAAAUAUCAAAUCGCUGAACGACAACUUUCAGAAUAUUGUGAGCCUGGCGAAGGUCAACACCGAGGAACGGGCGCACAAUUCGAGCAACAGCAUCGGGAAAAUGAGCGAGUACGAGACGGUUCGCUCGGAAAUGAUGGCACGCGCAGCGCUGAUUGUUAGGGCCUGCGACGAGCUGCAAAAAUUGACGACCGACAUCAAGGAGUUCCUCUUCCUGAACGACUUUGAGUACCUGUCUCGGACGAUCAAGGAGGCAGAGCGGAAAGCAUUGGAAAUUCAACGAGUCCACCGAGCCCGGCUGCUCGAGUUCCGCACCGACCUCGUCAGCCUGAGCCAGGACAUCGACCGCGAGCUGCUCGACGAUUUUUACCUCAAAGAU